CCGUUGCCAAUAGAGAUGGAUAUCAAGGUUGAUGCGGAGACACGUUCGAUUGAGAUUCAGAAUUCAAUUAUACACGAGCAUGUGAAUGCGCUAGCAACUUAGCAAUUUCACAAGUUUAAUAGCUGGUGAGGGAAGCCAUGGCGUUUCCUGCUACAAUUGUCAUUCUUCCUGUAGGAACUCUUUUCAUUCUUUCAGGCCUCAUUGUUAAUGUUCUUCAGGCUAUUAUUUUUGUCCUUGUUCGUCCAAUAUCAAGAUAUUGUUACAGAAGAAUAAACAAAGUGCUCACAGAAUCACUAUGGUUGGAACUCAUAUGGCUCGUUGAUUGGUGGGCAGGCGUCAAGGUCGAGCUGUACGCAGAUUCAGAAACGUUUCAAUUAAUGGGUAAAGAAAAUGCACUUCUGAUCUGCAAUCAUAGGAGUGACAUUGAUUGGCUUAUUGGAUGGGUCUUGGCUCAGCGCACAGGUUGUCUUGGUAACACAAUAGCCAUUAUGAAGAAAGAAGUUAAAUACCUCCCUGUUAUAGGUUGGUCAAUGUGGUUUGCUGAAUUUUUAUUUCUAGAAAGAAAUUGGGCUAAAGAUGAAGCAGCGUUGAAGUCAGGUUUUAAGCAGCUUGAGCACAAACCAGUGCCUUUUUGGAUGGCUCUUUUUGUUGAAGGAACUCGCUUUACACAUACAAAACUUUUAGCAGCUCAAGAGUUUGCUAUUUCAAGAGGGAUGCCAGUACCUAGAAAUGUUUUGAUUCCUCGUACUAAGGGUUUUGUCACUGCUGUAAAAGAAACGCGAAAAUACAUUCCAGUCAUUUAUGAUUGCACGUUUACAGUUCCAAAGAGUGAGCCUUCACCUACAAUGAUGAGAAUGUUAAAAGGCAUUCCUUGUUCGGUGAAGGUCCAAGUUAAGCGACACAAAAUAGAGGAACUUCCAGAAACAGAAGAAGGCAUAGCACAGUGGUGCAAAGACGCUUUUGUAACCAAGGAUGCUUUAUUGGAGAAAUAUAAUACUACAGAGAUAUUCAGCGAGUUAGAACUUCACGGAUUACGGAGACCAAAAACAUCAAUAUUUGUUAUAGUUUGUUGGUCAUGUUUCAUCGGCUUUCUUCUAGUUCUAUUCUUUUUGUGGUCUUCACUACUCUCCACAUGUCAUGGCAUCUUACUCACGGUGCUUUUCAUGGUAACUGUGACAGUUGUUGUGGAAAUUCUCAUACACUCAUCUCAAGCAGAGUCUUCUUUACCAAACACUUUACCCAUACAAGACCCUGUCAAGCAGAAGCUUCUUCAUACAGACAUUGUGAUCAAAGAUUCAGAAAUAGUUUAAUGUUAAUCAUAUGUCUCUAUCUCAUAAUACAUGUAUAUUCCAUGUUCUUCAUUCAUUGUAUUUUAUGCAAAAUGCAGAUGUGUAAAGGAAAAUAUUGUUAUUUAUACCCCAAAGACCAUAACCAGUUAUUUUCCUCUCACC